CCCCGCAGAGCAGCCAGGCGGCAGCACCCACGUCGCCGCAGCUCCCUCCCGCAGCGCGCCCGCCGCGUCCCGGCUCCCACGCAGCGCGAGCGGCGGCGCCCGCCAGCAGCCCGGACCCGGCACAGUGCGCACGGCGCGGCGGGGCAGAGCUGAGCUGAGCCCGGCCGGGGCCGCAGAGGGGCGGCGUGGCGGAGGACGCCAAGACGCUGCGGCCGCGCGGAGGGGACGAGCUGCGCACCUGGAAAGUUACCCGGCGGCCUGGUCCCUGAGCAACAUGGGAAAUGGUUCAGUGAAGCCCAAGCAUGCUAAGCACCCAGAUGGCCAUUCAGGGAACCUCAGCAAUGAAGCCCUGCGGAGCAAGGUGUUGGAGCUGGAGCGGGAGCUGAGGAGGAAGGACGCGGAACUUCAGGAACGGGAGUACCACCUGAAGGAGCUUCGGGAGCAGCUGGCCAAGCAGACCGUGGCCAUCGCAGAGCUCACAGAAGAACUGCAGAGCAAGUGCAUCCAGCUGAACAAGCUGCAGGAUGUGAUCCACGUGCAGGGAGGAAGCCCACUGCAGGCCUCUCCCGACAAAGUGCCUCUGGAUGUUCACCGCAAGACCUCAGGCUUGGUCUCGCUCCACAGCAGGAGGGGGGCGAAGGCUGGAGUGUCUGCAGAGCCAACCACCCGAACCUAUGACCUCAACAAACCCCCCGAGUUUUCCUUUGAGAAAGCGAGAGUCAGGAAGGAUUCCAGUGAGAAAAAGCUCAUCACAGAUGCCCUGAAUAAGAACCAGUUUCUGAAGAGAUUGGAUCCCCAGCAGAUCAAGGACAUGGUGGAAUGCAUGUACGGGAGAAACUAUCAACAGGGCAGCUACGUCAUUAAGCAGGGGGAACCAGGCAACCAUAUCUUUGUGCUGGCCGAGGGUAGACUUGAGGUGUUCCAGGGAGAGAAGUUGCUAUCAUCCAUCCCAAUGUGGACCACGUUUGGGGAACUGGCUAUUUUGUACAACUGUACUCGGACUGCCUCAGUGAAAGCGAUUACCAAUGUUAAAACUUGGGCCCUCGAUAGAGAGGUUUUCCAGAACAUUAUGAGGAGAACAGCCCAAGCCCGGGAUGAGGAGUACAGAAACUUCCUCAGAAGUGUCUCCUUGUUGAAGAAUUUACCUGAAGACAAACUAACCAAGAUCAUUGACUGCUUGGAAGUGGAAUACUAUGACAAAGGAGAUUACAUCAUCAGAGAAGGAGAAGAAGGGAGCACCUUUUUCAUUUUGGCAAAAGGCAAGGUGAAAGUCACACAGAGCACAGAGGGCCAUGAUCAGCCACAGUUGAUCAAGACACUGCAGAAAGGAGAGUACUUUGGAGAAAAGGCUCUGAUCAGUGAUGACGUCAGAUCAGCCAAUAUAAUUGCGGAAGAAAAUGAUGUCGCAUGCCUCGUGAUAGAUCGAGAAACAUUCAACCAAACUGUCGGGACAUUUGAUGAACUCCAAAAAUAUCUUGAGGGGUAUGUGGCCACCCUGAACCGUGACGAUGAAAAAAGACACGCAAAGCGCUCCAUGUCUAGCUGGAAGCUGUCCAAAGCCCUUUCUCUGGAGAUGAUUCAGCUGAAAGAGAAGGUGGCCCGAUUCUCCUCAACCUCCCCAUUCCAGAACCUCGAGAUUAUCGCAACACUGGGCGUUGGUGGGUUCGGAAGAGUGGAGCUUGUUAAAGUGAAAAAUGAGAAUGUUGCUUUUGCCAUGAAGUGUAUAAGGAAGAAGCACAUUGUUGAUACAAAGCAGCAAGAACAUGUCUACUCAGAAAAGAGGAUCCUGGAAGAGCUGUGUUCUCCCUUCAUCGUGAAGUUGUAUCGUACUUUCAAGGACAAUAAAUAUGUAUACAUGCUUCUGGAGGCCUGCUUAGGUGGGGAGCUGUGGAGUAUACUGAGGGACAGAGGCAGCUUCGAUGAACCCACCUCCAAAUUCUGUGUCGCUUGUGUGACAGAAGCAUUUGAUUAUCUGCACCGACUAGGCAUCAUCUACAGAGACCUGAAGCCAGAGAACUUAAUUCUGGAUGCCGAUGGCUACCUUAAGUUGGUUGACUUUGGAUUCGCUAAGAAGAUUGGCUCUGGACAGAAAACGUGGACAUUCUGUGGGACUCCAGAGUAUGUGGCCCCCGAGGUCAUUCUUAACAAAGGACAUGACUUCAGUGUGGAUUUCUGGUCCCUGGGGAUUCUGGUCUAUGAGCUCCUAACGGGCAACCCUCCCUUUUCUGGGAUAGACCAAAUGAUGACCUACAAUUUGAUUCUCAAGGGAAUCGAGAAAAUGGAUUUCCCCAGAAAGAUAACAAGGCGCCCUGAGGAUUUGAUCCGGAGGCUUUGCAGGCAAAACCCAACAGAAAGGCUGGGAAAUCUGAAGAACGGGAUCAACGACAUUAAGAAACACAGGUGGUUAAAUGGUUUUAAUUGGGAAGGGCUGAAAGCACGGAGCCUUCCGUCACCUUUACGGAGAGAGAAAAUAAUUCCUCAUGUUGCACAGCAGCUCCUGACACACGUAACCAACAACAAAACGCUUGCUUCCAAUGAGAUGACCCCACUAUGCUGAGACUGUGACACAAUGCCGAUAAUUGGCAAUCUUUUCUAUGUAAUGUAUAAUAUGUAAUUUGUAACAUGCAACAGGUAAACCGUGAUAUGUAAUGUAUGUAGUAGGCUCCAGUGUGAAGUCAGCACUCAGGUAUAACAAGUUUCACCUGGAUGUACUGCCACGCCUGGUCACCCUGGUCCUCACCUUUGUUCUCUCCUAUCUCCACUAGCUCAGUGGCCCCAUAGAUCACAGCUACUUUGACAAGUAUCCUCCUGAAAAGGGGGUGCCUCCGGAUGAAAUGUCAGGCUGGGAUAAAGACUUCUGACAGGAGAAAAAAAAAAAAAACCCGCCGCCGCUGUGCCCUGGAAGAGGACUGUGAGAAUCAGUGACACAGCGCUGGUUGUUUCUCUCUUCAAAGCAUUGUUAGACCUCUUGGAAGACAAUUACAGAAAAGGAAACCCUGAUAGACAGGGAAGGAGAAUGGCUGGACGUGGUUCUGAAUAAGAACAUCUCCUUUAGCUGCUGGGAAUUAAUUAUCCUUUUAUUCCAUUCUGUACUUGUCUCAGGUGUCAAAGGUUGUCCUUUUCCAUUCCCAUGGUCCAAUCCUUUUUUUUUUUUUUUUGGCAUAGGAUAGUUUUCUUGAGAAUCUGUUUCUCCCUCCAAAUCAUACUGUCCUGUCUAGAAUCCUAAUAAAAUUAAUAUGGCUUUUGUUCUUGACCACCUAAGCUAUCCAGAUAGAUGGAAGUCUAUAGAGCAACUUUAGAAGACUCUCUCCAGGGCUCCUUAGACACCAGGGAUCUUUACAGCAUCCUUAAGUGGGGUUUCCAGGUUUCUUGGGUAGUCAAUAGAAGGCCAUGAAUUUCAUUUUCUUUCAACUUACAAAUACACUAAUACAUUUUUCUGAUGUUAAUGAGGAAAAAGGAAAAUUUGAAUAUUAGUGAGUGGUGCCAGCUACUAAAGAAGGCCAGUCCAUCAAAUCAGAUAAUUACAUCAUUUUUAAUAACUUAGAAAAAAAAGCAAAACGGUUCUCUUUCCUUUGGCCAGUUGCGAUACUGCAGGGAUCUAUUAAAAAAAAAAAAACAAAAAAAAAACAAAAAAAAAACAAAAAAAAAACAACUUUGUUAAACAUAGUUUGGAAAGUGUAGCUAAAUGAUGGGCCUUUGGAAAGGUUUUACCUUAUGUUAAAAAAAAUAUUUCCACUACCAAAGUAAACAAUUCAGUGGAAUAAAAUGCUAAGGACAUGUCCUUUCCUCCAAAGACAAGGCAUAACAAACCCCUGACAGCUAAAGUUGCUAACUCUUUCAAACUCUGAGAUAUUUUUGAUCAGUCCUAUUAUUACAGCUAUUAGUAAGCCCAAAGUAUAGAAAGACCAUGUGUGAUUUUAAUGAGAAGCCCAUUGGCAAAUGUUGACAUUCGUAAUCACUGUAGAGGUAAUAGCUUUGUUCGAAGGAGGCAAUCGAGCCAUGUCUAGAAUUAUAACCCAGGCUACUGGGGAUGUGGUGGGAUUUUAGAAGAAAAAGGAACACCAAGAAUCUGGCUUCUUCCUGUUUCCUCUUGGUAAUCUUCCAAACUGGAAGCGAUGAGGAGAGCUUCCAGUGCGCUAGACACCUGUGCCUGAGGGCUUUCCUGGUGUUUGUAGGUGUUCUACUUCCUCCCUUCCUUCCAAAAUGAAGGCAGAUGUCCCAGGAUCUUCUUAAUCUGGGAGAGGAGACGUGGUCUCCUGAUUCCUGUAUCAUUCAAGCUUCUGAUUGUAUUUUCAUAUGAUAUAUUCUAUGUGAAAAGAAAAACACCCACUCCACACACACUUUCACUCUUUAGAGAAAGUCAGCUGUCUGUCUCCUGAAGACUUAAGCCAGAUAAGCGAAGCCCAGAAUAAGAAAGUGCAUCCUUAAGAAAUUAUAUUUACACAUGUAGAGUCCUUUGCUGAACCAAAGAGUUUUGUUUCUUGGGGUAGAUUUUUAAAGAUUAUGUAUUGUAUAUAGAAAAGCCAUUUUUAAUAGGAUUAAUAUAACAUGCUUAAAAGAAUUUCUAAAGUCUAAAAAUAUCUUAUUUGCAUUUGAUUUCUAUGUACUAUAUGCUUUUUCAUGUAUAUAUUUUAUAAUUACCAACAUAUGCAGGGGGAAAACUGAUACAUUGGAUGGCUAUUAGGACUGUACAGUUAUAGUAACAAUGAUUUUCUCCAGAGUGUUCCAUCAUUGCAAUCGAAAAGUCCUACAUGUUUAGAGUUAAAACACGCCUUGGAAAUUAAUCUUUCCUGUGAGUGGCCAUAUCAUGUAUAAUUCCCACACAUGGUUUAAUGUGUUCCCUUUACAAAGAUGAGGAUGUGUCAGACUGAAUUAUCAUUGAAUCGCAACUUGAUUUCUAGCUCAGUGACCUUGGGAAAUUGAUUUGCCUUUGGGUACUAGCUUCUCACUUGUAGAACAAAGGCUAGGCUAAGUGGUAUUAUCUACAGACAGAUCCUUAUCUGGUAUCUGUGAAAUGGUUUUUGCUGCAUAGAUGGAAGCUACUGUUACUAUAUCUCUGUUAAAAUUAAAGCGGCCUUAAUAACUACUUAGUUCUGAA